GUUUUGGCCUAACCGAUUUUCAAUCAAUUAGUCGGUUAUAAUACGACGAAUAGGAAUUAUAAAUCAGUGUGAUUACCAGUUUGAGAAGAUUAUACGCAUAUAUCAAAAUAUGGAAUUAUCAAAGACAGAUUUUGUUUUUUUCUUUACAGUGUUAUUGACCACGUUCCUUUGUGCAAAUGGUCAGACAUGGUCGGGUUAUCGGACGGCCUAUGAAACAAUAUACAAUCACUACUACAACAAUGGAACAAGUCUAACAGACAUUAUUCCAAUCAACAAUCAAAGUAACCCGUUAGCGGUCCAGAUGGGAAUGACAUUGAACUCUUUGAACGGAUUUGACGCUGUGCUCGGCCAGAUCGACAUAAGCGGAAGUAUGAAACUUAAAUGGACAGACGAGGUCAUUUUUACAACUUACUCUCUCAGCGUCAAUCAAGUAGACGCAGUUCUUAUAGACUACGAUAAAGCCUGGUCCCCGUCAUUAGUGCUAGUCAACGCAGUUGAUACUGUAAAAAACAUAGGAGAUACUACAUACAAGUUACUGUAUAACCCUACGGAUGGAACAGUGUCGUGGGAACCAAGGGUUCUCCUUCGUGGUUCGUGUACCCCCGACGUGACGUAUUACCCGUUUGACAGACAAGUGUGCGAUUUCACGUACACGGCAUGGGGUUACAUGUCAGAAGAGAUCCGACUACAAAUAAUGACAAAUGAAUGGGAUCUGAGUGCCUACGAAGAAAAUGGAAUCUGGACAGUGAUUACCACUACGUCCGAAAUCUUCCAAGAUGGCGGAUCAGAUUAUAUAAAAUUUCAGAUAACGAUUCAACGACAGCCCCUCUAUUUCACAUUCAACGUUGCACUUCCCAUUCUGUUACUGGGACUAUUGAAUGGCUUCGUGUUUCUACUGCCAGCUGAAAGCGGGGAACGAGUAGGAUUUUGCAUCACGUGUUUCUUGGCGUUCGUUGUAUUGAUGCAGACGACAAUGCAGUUUCUACCACAGAUCGCUAGUCCCAUGUCCCUGCUGUGUGUGUACGUCUUUCUGAUGAUGUGUUUCAGCGUCUUCAUCAACAUAGUUACAGUAUUGAUGUUGCGAGUGUAUCACAAACCAGAAAAAGAGAAGGUACCAAAAUGGAUGCAGACGAUAACUCGAGUCAUCAAAUGCCAGAUAUGUAGAUGUAAGGACCGGGACAAACCCUUCGAAGAAGUGGACUGGCCCAGUGUUGCUCGUCUGCUCGAUACCUUUUUCUUCAUCGCAUUCAUUGCUGCCCAGUCUGCGCUGACUUUCUUCUUCCUGUUGCCCCUGGGAACCAGAUACUGACCAUUUGCAACAGAUAUACCGGUAGCCAGGAUACUCAGAGGUCACAGAUGUAUUUAGACUGUUCUUGGCUAUUAAACUAUUAACUGUCUUUUUAGAAAAUCAAUUUAAUCACAUUAUCACAAAAUAUUUUUAAAUCACAAAUGAGCGUAUGAAUACAACAGUAUUACUAUUAUCUAUAACUAUAGAUAAAUCGCUGUAUAAAUCGGGAAAAUUUGUCGAUGAUGGGGGGAAAUUGUCUAAGAGAAAAACGUUGUUUUCAUUGCAAAUAUAUUGCGUUACAAUAUUUUUUUUCUUUUACAUUGACAAAAAAUCGGCAACUUCCGUCCUGUUGAGUAUAUGGCAAAGCAAAGCAUUUUCAAUGAUCCUGCAGCAAGAUGGACCUUUCAAUCGUGAAAACUUCUCUUCAGCGCCAUAUUCAACGUCAGUAGAUGAAAAAUAACACGAAUAAUAAUUACACUUUAAAUAACCAAAUUAGUGACGAUUCAUCUAAUUAGCAUUGUUCGUGUCUGAUAUCAGAUAAAACAAAAAUCAAACACUCUAGAUAUUGCGUAAGAAUAUAUCGGACUAAUUACUGAUCUGGAGAUUGCAUUGAUAACAAUGAUACAGUUUAUUCUAUUUUAAUACAGAUGAUAUAAUGAUU